AUGGCCGACGAGGUAGCAGGGGCCUCCCCGCGGGACCAGGAAUGCGACGAGCUCAAGGCGGAAAUCGACGAGCUCAGGAAGGCGCUCGCGGCGAACGCCGUGGAGCUCGCCGAGGCGCGCGAGGCCCGGGGGUGGGCUGCGGAGCGCGCCGCGCCGCUUCCCAAGCCCAAGGGCGGCGUUUCGCUGGGGAAAGUCGACGCCUGCGAGAUGGAGCUGGACAUGCGCAUGGUCCAGGUCCUCGUCGACCAAGCCUUGGCCGCGUCCGAUCAGCUCGAAGACGCCUACGUGGAACGUGGCCGCGCCGGCGGGCUGUUCCUUCGCGAUCACGCCGCUCGCUUCCUCGCGGUCGUCCGCCGGAAGCUCGACGAAGUGCAGCGCAAGCUCGACCAGGUGCGCUCGCUGCCGAGCGAGGUGCACGCGGCGCACGAGUUCGCGAAGCUGGCCCACGCCAUCAUGGCGGAGCUCGUCCACCACAAUCGCGUCAACCUCCCUUGGAUCAAAAAACGCGUCGCCGCGUCGGAAGAGGCGGCGAAGGUGCAGCUCUCGACGACGGCCAUCUACGACCUUUGGAAGAUCGCGAAGUCGUUCGCCGCGCGCGUCGACUGGGUUCCGAACCAGGAGGAUCUCGUCUACGACCCGACGAACGGCGGCAAAAAGAAGACGCGCAAGGAAGCUGGGCUGGCCAAGAAGGCCAAGAAGCGGGCGAAGAAGAAGGAGGCCUAG